GAUCAUCAUAUAAACAACCUGCCAACGUGGAGUCUGUUUCCAUUUCCGACUUCUAAUCAUCGAGUGAUUCCCUCCCAACAAAACCACUCUAAAAGCACCCGUUCUUCGAUUCUACACGUUGAUUUGGAUUUUGGAUGUUUAUAGGUUGAAGACAAAGAGUUGAAACGGACAGAGAAUUGAGAAAAAAACGACGAUUUGUAUAUAUAAUCGAGUUGUUUUUUUGUAUUGCAUUUGAAGAGAUUCGAUUCAUUGCUUCUACUGAUUUUGAUGUCUGCUAUGGUUAUGAGCGAUGCGAUGGUGACGCCUGCAACGGAAUCUCAGACGAUCGUGACGGCUCCGACCACGGAAGUAGAGUUUGCAAAGUGCGAGUGUUGUGGAUUGACGGAGGAGUGUACGCCGGCGUACAUAGAGAGGAUUCGAGAGAGGUAUUAUGGAAAAUGGAUAUGUGGAUUGUGUGGAGAGGCGGUGAAAGACGAAAUUGUACGGAGCGAAAGGUUGAUCACUACUGAAGAAGCUAUGGCGCGUCAUAUGAACUUUUGCAGGAAGCCUUCGUCGUCGUCAGAUCCGCCACCGAAUCCGGCGGUUCAUUUAAUCGCGGCCAUGAGACAGAUUCUCCGGCGGAGUUUGGAUUCGCCGACGAGAUCAUUGAUGUCUAUGCCUAACAGUCCUUUACAGAGCAGCGAUGGCGUCAGACUCCGGCGAUCGGAGAGUUGUUUCACGAAUCUUACUCUCGAUGAAUCCUCGUCGUAUACAGAAUUGCAAGGAAUUGAGAAAUGAUGAAGGUAAAUUAAAAUCAUACGAAAAAAAUACAAACAAACAUAUAGAUUUGAUUUAUGUUGAUGCAACAAGUGAUUGAAAAAAUAUACAUAAGCUUUGUUGUUUCCUUUUUGGAACGUGUUGAUGCACACUUCUAUGACAAAU